AUGGAGAUCCCCAACAACCACAUGACCCCACCUAAGGCUGAUUUGUCCCAAAUUCCAAGAGACCUCCAUUGUUGGCUCAUUUUCCCAUGCAACUACUACGACAACAGUACUGAAAAUGAAAAUGAAAAUGGCGAAGAAGUCCCCAAGGGCUUCCUUGGUUUUGUCAAUCUUUCAGAUCCCGAUCGUGAGGUUCACAAGCUCCGGCUGACGGAAGCUACGGGCAGAUUGGUCUGUGGAUCCUCAGCUGGAUGGCUCGUGACCUUGCGAUCCGGUGGAGACAUUCACUUACUACAACCCUUCACUAGGGCCCACAUUCAGCUUCCGCAGCUUACUUUUGAUGCGUUCCCUGAUGUACCCUCAACUUUCGAGGGUUCCAUGCGCCGCGUAUAUAUAGAUAAAGUCAUUGUUGGUUUCUCUUACUCCUCGAAUGCUGCACCAGCAUCUUCUUCUUCUUCGUUUGAAACUGAUGGAGUGGUUAUGGCUCUGUGCUUCAAACCUAAGAAAUUGGCAUUUUAUAGGGUUGGGAAGGACCAGAACUGGGCAAGCUUUGAAGGCUUUAGCGGGAAGUACAAAGACAUCGCCUUUUACAAAAAUCGAUUUUACGCUAUAAGAAAUAGAAGCCAUAUUUUUGUAGCUUCUGGCCUUGAUGGUCCUUCUGCAACAAUGGAAGAUCUUAUGGAAAUUCUCAAUUAUGGAGGCCUCAGUAAGUACUAUCUGGUGGAGUCUUCAGGUGAUUUGUUGCUGGUUGUAAGGCAUCUUGGAAGUCAACGACGCCAAACCCUUUAUUUUAGUGUUUUCAAGCUUGAUGUCGAUGGAGGGAAUAUGGAGAGGCUUGAAAGCAUAGGCAACCAUUGUCUGUUCUUGGACUGUAAUACUGCAAUCUCUCUAUCUGCCUCUGAUGUCCCUGGAUGUAAGGGUAAUCACAUUUACUUCAUAGGUACAUGUUUUGCUGGUUAUUCUAUGCAGUCAUUUGGGCGUUAUGAUAUGGGAGUGUUUGACAUAGAAGAUGGAAAUUUUGAACCUUUUAAUUACUGCAAUGAUCGCAAUUUAGUUAUGCAUCCACCCAUUUGGUAUCCGACAUGUUAUCCAUGA